GGGCUGCCCGCGCGCGAGCCCCUGCCCCUGGGCGGGGCCUGGUGGGGGCGCGAUGAGGCGGCGGGUGGGGUUGAGAACUGAAUUCCUACAAAAAAUGGUGGUGGCACAGAUCUGACCUAUGGUAAUACCUUGAAAGAGUAUGAAUAUUUCAGCAAACUGCCUCUUCAGUGGUUCCUCCUUGGCAUCUGAAGUGCAUGCUGCUGCUGUUAAUGGAGAUAAGAGUACCCUCCAAAAGCUAAUAGCAGGAAACUCAGAACUGAAAGAUAAAGAGGACCAGUUUGGAAGGACUCCUCUUAUGUAUUGUGUACUGGCUGACAGGCUGGACUGUGCAGAGGCAUUGCUGAAGGCUGGAGCUGAUGUUAAUAGAGCUGAUCGUAGCCGAAGAACUGCUCUCCAUCUUGCUGCACAAAAGGGAAAUUACCGCUUCAUGAAACUUUUACUGGCUCGUAGAGGGAACUGGAUGCAGAAGGACUUGGAGGAUAUGACACCAUUACAUUUAACAACACGUCACAAAAGCCCAAAAUGUUUAGCUUUGUUGCUAAAACACAUGGCACCAGGAGAAGUGGAUACCCAGGACAGAAACAAGCAAACUGCAUUGCAUUGGAGUGCCUACUACAAUAACCCAGAGCAUGUGAAACUUCUCAUAAAACAUGAUUCAAAUAUUGGAAUCCCUGACAUUGAAGGAAAAAUCCCACUUCACUGGGCAGCUAACAACAAGGACCCUAGUGCAAUUCACACAGUGAAAUGCAUUCUGGAAGCUGCACCUACAGAAUCUCUGCUUAACUGGCAGGACUACGAAGGACGAACACCCCUUCACUUUGCUGUUGCUGAUGGGAAUGUGGCGGUUGUUGAUGUCCUGACCUCCUACGAAGGCUGCAAUGUGACAUCUUAUGACAACUUAUUUCGAACCCCUCUUCACUGGGCAGCCUUACUUGGUCAUGCACAGAUAGUCCAUCUCUUAUUAGAAAGAAAUAAGUUUGGAACUAUCCCAUCUGAUAGCCAAGGUGCAACACCACUACAUUAUGCAGCACAGAGCAACUUUGCUGAAACAGUUGAAGUAUUUUUGAAACAUCCUUCUGUAAAAGAUGACUCAGAUCUUGAGGGAAGAACAUCCUUCAUGUGGGCAGCUGGCAAAGGCAGUGAUGAUGUCAUUAAGACUAUGCUGACUUUAAAAUUGGAUAUUGACAUCAAUAUGACAGACAAAUACGCUGGCACAGCAUUACACGCCGCUGCCCUUUCUGGCCAUGUCAGCACAGUGAAAUUGCUGUUGGAACAUAAGGCACACGUGGAUGCUUUGGAUGUCAUGAAACAUACCCCGCUUUUCCGAGCCUGUGAGAUGGGACACAAAGAAGUGAUACAAACUCUCAUUAAAGGAGGGGCAAGAGUGGAUUUGGUUGACCAAGAUGGCCAUUCACCCCUUCACUGGGCAGCCCUGGGAGGAAAUGCUGAUGUGUGCCAAAUCUUGAUGGAAAAUAAAAUCAACCCUAAUGUGCAGGACUAUGCAGGUAGAACACCUCUGCAGUGUGCUGCUUACGGUGGUUACAUUAACUGCAUGGUAGUGUUACUGGAAAACAAUGCAGAUCCAAAUAUUCAGGAUAAAGAGGGAAGAACUGCUUUACACUGGCUCUGUAACAAUGGGUACCUUGAUGCUAUAAAGUUGCUGCUUGGUUUUGAUGCCUUCCCUAAUCAUAUGGAGAACAGUGAGGAAAGAUAUACUCCACUGGAUUAUGCCUUGCUUGGUGAGCACCAUGAAGUGAUUCAGUUCAUGUUGGAACAUGGGGCUCUGUCUAUAGCUGCCAUACAGGACAUUGCUGCUUUCAAAAUUCAGGCUGUUUACAAAGGAUACAAAGUUAGAAAGGCUUUUCAAGAGAGGAAGAAUCUUUUAAUGAAGCACGAACAACUGAGAAAGGAUGCUGCUGCCAAGAAACGUGAAGAGGAAAGUAAGAGGAAAGAAGCCAGGCUACAGAAAGGGGUGCAGAACGUGGAACAAAAUCGCUUUCGAGCACAACAGAGCCCGGCAAAUCGAGACAAGACUAGCAGCAUCUCACAGUUGCCUAGUAAAUCAAUUGAUACACAGAAUAAGAGACCUCUGUCCCUCAGUGCUUCACAAAUUCAACCAGGGAGAAACAGUAGAGGUUCACCUAAAGCUUGUCGCAACAAAGAGGCGCCAAAGGAGUCAGCAGAGCCUCAGAGUGAAGGUCAUAAAGCCAGGCAAGAUUCAUUGAGGAAACACAUCAAAAGCAAGUCAAGUUGUGUGCAAUUCCAUUGCAGCAAGGCAAAAGAGGGAACAAAAGCUGAAGUGAAACAGCAGGUUGCAGCUGCUACGGAACUGCACGGAGGAAAGCACAAGGAGCACACCGUGGAGGCAACGGGUACGUGCGCUCAGAGGAGCAGAAGGCACACUUCUGCUUGUAGGACUGCUAGUGCUGGGGAGAAACCAAGAGACCAGAGUCGGUCUUCAUCUGGCAGCCAGGAGCAUAGUGAAGGAACAGCUGUGUCCUUCUGCAGCAUCAGUUGUACUGGUGGAAUUGUGAGAAGCCCAAAACAGUGUGAAGCACCUGCCAAAGGCAAAAAGCAUCAGCAGCACCCCAGGAAUAAAGAGGUGAAUAACGAGCGAUGUUCACCUGCUGGCUCUAGUAGGCCUGGAAGUGCCAGAACAGUGUUUGUAAACACCAGGAAUGACAGCGUGCAUGCUGUAGAACAAACUAACAAAGUGGGGAAUAACCAACUGGCAAAAAAGGCCUCCCCUCUAUUGUCUGCUGGGGCAGAACCUACCAGAACUGUGCCAAGAAACCCAGCAGCGAGUUCUGCUCCUGAGGACAGUUUGAACUUGGAAAGAACAGGCGUAAUUGGAUCCAGGAAUGCAGAUGAUCAAUUGUGUUCUGUCUCGUGGCAAAGCACAAAUAUUGAACUAAUCCCCUUGGAGAUUCGGGUGCAGAUAAUAGAAAAAGAAAGAAGAAGAAAAGAGCUGUUUCGGAAGAAGAACUACGCUGCUACAGUCAUACAGAGGACAUGGAGAAGUUACCAGCUAAGACAGGAGUUGUUUCGGCUUCUCAGUGCUAAGCGGCAGUGCAAAGAAGAUGAAGACAAAUGGAGACAAGAGACAGCUGCCUUCUUCAUUCGGGUUGCUUGGAAGAAACAGCUGAACCAUAGCCCUCUGAAAUCAGUUCCUUCAUGUAAAAGUCUGAAAUCUGUAAACAAAACCAGCUCAGCCAUAAAAAACAGCAAGCAGUCCAUCCUUAAGCAGAUCUAUGGGCGCUCUCAGGAAGGCAAAGCCUGUCAGCCAACAAGACCUCCUUCAAAGCUGAAGCCUUCUGAUGUGCAGCUGGUCUCAGUAAACAACCUACAGUGUGUGAAUUUGCUGGAGAACAUGGGAAAAUCAAAGCAAUUUUCAUACAACAUGAGACCAACCACUGCUGCAAAACCACAGAACGCAAGGCCCAAGCACUAAGCCAAACUGAAUGCUUGGAAUUUUGGAAGCACAGUCUGGUACAACUGUUCCCUCUCCUAAUGCACAAAGCCAUCUACAACAUAUUAAGCUUGAACACAUACUCAGUUUUGUGUUAUCUCAGCAUUACACACCAAGCAGACUUCUAAGGAGUUGGACUCACUUUGUGUACAGAUUAGUUCUGAAAUGAAACUGUGUUAAUUUAUUUACUUCCAGGA